ACUAGACACACUUGGGACCGCAGCCUAAGGGGACGCACGCGGCCCCUCACUCCACGCGGCCCCUCACUCCGUCACUCCUGUACUCAGUUUGCUGGUUCCUCUUCCAGCUGCGCCCAUGCAGAGCAGAGCUGGCAAGUGGAAAUCUGAGAGCCUCCCACUGGGCUACCUGUCCCAAGAAAUGUGUCACUAUUGCAUUCUCAGUGGCUCUGUGACAACUGGAAGGAUGAAGUUGGACAGGGAAAAUGGAAAAGAACAGUGAGCCAGCCUUACUCCUCCAGCCUGCCCAGCAGGGAUUGAAGUAUUAGGUUUUUAAAGAAGAGGUGGCCGAGUAAGAACCACGCCACGCAAAUGGUAUUCAGAUAACUAGACGGUGACCAAAAAGCAACCAUGGCUUUGGAAGGCGAAAUUCAGUCUGAGGAAGUUGAAGCUGCCGUCAGUGAGAUCUCGGGUGUGUAUUGCCUUCCCAGACUCUCUGAGUACAGAAGUCCCCGUUGGGUAGCCAUGGAGUGGAACAAUGACACAAUCCAGGCCCUGAACUUGCCGCCCACUACUUGCGUCUACCAAGAGGACUUCAAAUGGCUGCUGCUGCCACCCGUGUACUCAGUGGUGCUGGCAGCUGGCCUGCCACUGAACAUCUGUGUCAUCGCCCAGAUCUUCGCAUCCCGCAGGGCGCUGACCCGCACAGCUGUGUACACCCUGAACUUGGCCCUGGCUGACCUGUUGUAUGCCUGCUCCCUGCCGCUGCUCAUCUACAACUACGCCCAGCGGGACCACUGGCCCUUUGGCGACCUCACCUGCCGCCUGGUGCGUUUCCUCUUCUAUGCCAACCUGCACGGCAGCAUCCUCUUCCUCACCUGCAUCAGCUUCCAGCGCUACCUGGGCAUCUGCCACCCAUUGGCUCCCUGGCACAAGCAUGGGGGCCGCCGUGCUGCCUGGCUGGUGUGUGGAGCCGUGUGGCUGGUGGUGACAGCCCAGUGUCUGCCCACGGCUGUAUUUGCAGCCACUGGCACCCAGCGGAAUCGCACAGUCUGCUAUGAUCUGAGUCCACCUGCUCUGGCCACCCGCUACCUGCCGUAUGGCAUGGCCCUCACUGUCAUUGGAUUCUUGCUGCCGUUUGCAGCCCUGCUGGCCUGUUACUGUCUCCUGGCUCGCCGCCUGUGCCGCCAUGAUGGCCCAGCAGGGCCUGUGGCUCGAGAGAGGCGUGGCAAGGCUGCCCGGAUGGCUGUGGUGGUGGCAGCUGUCUUUGUCAUUAGCUUCUUGCCUUUCCAUAUCACCAAGACAGCCUACCUGGCUGUGCGCUCUACACCCGGCGUCUCCUGCCCAGUGCUAGAGGCCUUUGCCACUGCCUACAAAGGCACACGGCCCUUCGCCAGUGCCAACAGUGUGCUGGACCCCAUCCUCUUCUACUUCACCCAGCAGAAGUUCCGCCGGCGGCCUCAUGAACUCCUACAGAAACUCACAGCCAAGUGGCAGCGGCAGCCACCUAGCUGAACCCACAGGCAGGACCCUAGGCAGGGGCAGCUGUGCAUUUGCUAUGAUGGCCAGGGGACCAAAACUCCCCUCCCCAACAUUCCCUCCCAGCUCCAACCAGACAGAGAAUUGAAACUUAGCUGUCUUGGGCAUGAAGUAAGGCCACCCCUAGACCUCUUCUUCUCCCCGGCCAAGAUCUCACCAGCUAUUUAUUGAACCCUCUCCCUGGACCAGGGUCUGUGUGAUAAAGACUGUCAGGCCUGGGCCUGGCCUUCCAGAAGUUCCCAGUCAGCCAUCAGGUUAAGAAAACUGUGGUAAGCUACUCACAGAAAUGGAGUGUGAGUGUACUGUAACAGAGAAAUUGUACCUUAUUGUAUGUUAUACUGUAUUGCCUGCUUUGGAAGUCACCAAGGGAAUGGAUGAGAGGGAAAAUGGGAAAAGGAAGUGAGGGCUUCCAGGAAGGAGCAUUUGAGCUGUGUUUAGAGGGUUGUAUAUGUCCUUUCUGGUAGACAGGAAUGAUAUCCUUAUUUAGUAAACCUUAAUGAAGAUCUGGGUGUUUAAGCUCAGGCCUGGGUGUUUCCAGAACCUUAGGAGAACCAGUCCCAGCCCUGUUCCAUAUAGGCUCCCAACUGCUGGAGCCAUCAACCCUGACAGAGUGGGAUCAGGGCUGUGACAGACAGAAGCCAAGAAAGGGCAGUGUACAGAGGGAUCAGGAGAAGCAGACGUUAAAGGCUAAGUAGGCGAUCCUCAGACAGAAGUGCUGCCUGGGUCAGUCUCCUGUGUGCCUCUGUCCUGGAGAAGAUGCCUUGUAGCCCGUGUGCAAGUGAGGAAAAUAGCUGCUCUUCAGUCACUCUGCAGACAAAAGCAAGGGUUGACAAGUACACAGACAUGGGAGAGGAAGGGGGAACUUUCUAGAAGAGAGGGUUGCUAGCAGGAGGCAGGCACUGAGUGUACAGAAACCCGAGGGGAAAAGGGAGCUGUGGCUUACACCUUUAACCUCAGCACACAUGUCUGUCAUACCAGUGUUUGAGAAGUGGAGACAGAAGGAUCUCAAAUACAAGACUAGUGUGGGAUACACAACAACUUUGUAUUGAAAAAGAAGAUGGGGCUGAUGGCUCAGGCCUAUAAUUCCAACUACUCAGGAGGCUGAGACCUGGAAGAUCUCAGUCUGGGCAGACAAGUCCUAGAGACUCUGUCUCUAAUCAAUAAAAUAUUGGACUGGAGCACUAACUGUGAGCAAGAAAGCCCGGUGAAAGCUCAAGGCCCUAGUUCAAACUUCAGUACCAGUGUAUGCACACAUGCACCAAUGUCUGCACAAGAACAUGCACACACACACACACACACACACACACACACACACACACACACACGAGAAGGAGGAGGAGAAAAGAAAAAGGGCAAGAGAUAGGCAUGGUUUUGAAGCAGUUAACCCUGGAAGAGGGCUAGUGUGCAGAAAGGCACCUAGAAAAGAAGCUAUAAAGACCAGAGCAUCCGAUGUUAGGAACCCAGACCCCACCUCUCCUUCACCUGCCUCUUCCAAGGCCUCAGGCUUUUGCCUGAACCAUUUCCUGCACCAGAGAAACCCUGGCCCUCUCCUCCAGCCCUACUCUUCAGGGCCCAACUGCCCUGCUCCAUCCUCAGGAACCCCUGCAGGAGUCACUUGAGCCCUCUGAACCCACUUAGUGCCUAGCCACACUUCCUCAUCACCCUGUUCCUCUUCUUCACCUGCCACCUCGUGGCUCUAGGGAGGAAAGACAGCUGGAUGUCAACCACAGCGUCAGUCCUCCUGUUUAGCUGAGCACUGGCUUCAGAAGAUGGAAAGUUCACUUCAGAACUCUCUUGCAUUUAUGGGGUAACAGAAAAGUGUCCCAGGGCACUUUAAUACAGAGUAAGAGGAACAUGUUUAGCACUAGGUGGUGUCUUUAGAGAUAAGGCUCUUUCUAUCUCCCUAUCAUCUGGGCAUAAUAGUCCUGGCUCCUAUGGCUUGUAGAGCAAGUAACUGUGAGCAGCUUGGGUCUCCAACCAUGAGGGAGAAAUAAAUGUUUUGUUUUUAAAAAUCCAUUGGUUUGGAGAGGCCUUUGUUACCCACAG